UGCUCAUAACACAACAUGCAACUCUCUCUCUCAAAACCUCUCCUCCACAAACCGUUUUUCAGGUCCCAAGCCACCGUUCUCUCUCUCUCUCUAUAUAUAUAUAUACACAUCUAUUAUCUCUAUACAUCGUCUUGUCUGCGGAGGUGGAGUCAGGCUUUGCGGUGGUGGUGGUGGUGGAGGAGGAGUGCGCAUGGGUCGGCGGUGCUCUCAUUGCAGCCACAAGGGGCACAACUCGCGAACAUGCCCUUGGAGAGGCGGUGGUGGUUGUGUGAAGCUGUUUGGGGUUAGACUCACCGAUGGCUCAAUCAUCAAGAAGAGUGCGAGUAUGGGCAACCUCUCUGCUCACUACCAUUCCUCUUCCUCCGCCGCCGCCGCUUCACCCAAUCCCACAACCUCUCCUUCCGAGGACCCUAUUCCCGACCCGGAUGGAUACCUCUCCGACGACCCUGCUCAAGCCACCAAUCGCCGCAAGAAAGUUUGGUUUCCAGGUGUACCAUGGACGGAAGAGGAACAUAGGCUGUUCUUACUUGGUCUUCAGAAGUUAGGGAAAGGAGACUGGCGUGGGAUAUCACGUAAUUUUGUAACGUCAAGGACUCCUACCCAAGUAGCAAGCCAUGCCCAGAAGUAUUUUAUCCGACACAGUAAUGCUACUCGAAGAAAGAGGCGAUCCAGCCUUUUCGACAUGGUUCCAGAAAUGGGCACAGAUCCGCCAACAGUCCCAGAAGAACAAUUCAUGCUCCCUCCCUCUCGAGCUGUAGAUACUGAUCCUUUCCACUCAUUACCAUUGUUGAAUCUCUCUCUCAAUCGAGACUUUGAACACAUGGAAGCCACUUCUGAUGAAAAGGUCAAAGGCCACAAAGAAACUGCAAUGGCAUCAAAUGCAGGGGCUUCUGCGUUCUUCCCCGCUCAUCUACCUGUUCCAUUUCCAUUGUGGCCAUCAAAUACAGCCCCUCUUGAAGAAGAAAGCGCAGUAGAGAUGUCUCGUCAUCAGGUUCUUAGACCUAUUCCUCUACUUCCGAAAGAACCAGUAAAUGUAGAUGAGCUAGUGGGCAUGUCCCAGCUCAGUUUGGGAGAGACUGAAUCGCGAGGUAUAGAGUCUUCAACGCUUUGCUUAAACCUGUUUUUAGGAGCCCCGUCAAGACGGUCAGCGUUUCAUGCAAGUGCUCCAGUUAACAGGUCAUAUGUAAGUAAAGGGAAGAGCAAUGCAAUACAAGCAGUUUGAAAGGUGGAGAAGCUGACUGUUAUUUCAGGUUCUUUUCUUUUCGGUCAACUUCUGUACAAUUGCAAUUCUCUCUCUCUCUCUCUGUCUGUCCCUCAUGGUAUUUAGUUUUAUUUAACUGUCAGUGUCUAUGUAGUUUUAUGGUUCUGUGGGAAAGGUAGGUUAAUCUUAUUGGGUAUAAUUAUUCUUUCUUCAUUGUGAACAGGUAGAAGUUCAAAUAAAUUAAUUAGUUGGGUACAACAUACUCUUUUUUUCCUUUUAAAAAGGAGAAUACUUAUAGUUUUAUGGCUUUGAGCAUUUUUAUAUAGAAACCCUUUGGGAGCAUUUGGAUA